AUGGUCCGUCGCAACUCCGACAUCGAGAUUCAGCUCCCAGAUGCCGGUCCGACACCUCUCUCAGACACCGACUCUCUCACAGAUGUGGAAAUGAUCUCGGAUGAAACAUUCCUAAACCUCCCCCCACACAUCGCAGCCCGAUUCUACCGCAAAACCAGCAAGGCCCGACGCUCCUCUUCCUCCCGACGAAGCUCAAUUUCCUCCCUACACUCACACACCUCAACCGGCUCCUCAAGCGCAGACAACAUCGCCCAACACCUCCGCCGCACCUCGAUCCUGGAAAGCCGAAAGGCAAGACUCGCGGACCGGGCAUUACAUGCCGAGAAAGUAAGGCUACGAGCCGCGCUGGCCAAAGCAGCUACGCGCAAUCUACAGAUCGAGGAACGAGCGCUCGCCGCACAGCAGGCGCGGGAGCGUCUGUUGGCUGAUAUCACAGCCAAGUGCGAAGACCAGGUCAAACGGGCCAAGAAGAAGGCGGAAGAUCAGCGCGAUAAGAAAGCCGCGGAGGAGGCGCGUUUGCGGCUGGAGAUGGCGGAGAAGUUCGCUGAAGCGGAGAAACGACGUGCGGCGUAUCAGACUCAUCGACGUCGUCGUACGAGUAGCUUGCCUGCGGCGGAGGAGAAGAAGAUGUCGCGGGAGGUUAUGAAGUCCAUUGCGGAAGAUGCGGCUGCGCGGCAGAUCCAGCGGGUGUGGAAGACACAUCGUGCGAAGAGGGUUAUGGCGGAGUUCAAGUCUUUGGAUCUUUCCGUAGAUCGCGUGCGCGAGAUGAGCUUUGAGGAGGUCGGGGCUCUUCUUUCCAGUGCCGAGUUGCUGGAUACCAUGACGAGGGUCCUCAAGCUCUGUGGACUACAGGAUAUGGAAGGUGGUACACUUGGGGAGAGGGGCGCUGUGCGCACUUUUCUCAGUAGCUAUUUGAUCGUCACGCACCCCAAAGAGGUCUUGAGCAGCAACGGAGAUCAAGAGCAGGAUUUGAUUGCCAAGGCUCGGGAGUUGCUGAUUGUCUUUGAUCAGGUUACAGCACUGCUUUCAUCCGGUUGCUGUUCGCCUUCGGUCAUCACUGCGGAUAUCCAGACUUUGUGUGAAUCACACAAUGUGUUCUUUUCUGCGUUCCAUGCUUGGAAGUCCCACGACUCAACCGUUUUGAUUGAGAUCAUGGUUGCACAGUUUGUGGAAUUGGAGUUGAUCUGGCAGACCGUCAAAAACGACAAGGCUGGAGGUGCCGCAGAGGACUACAGACAGGGUAUCCGCCAGAAUCAAGUUCUGCUGCUUGCCCGUCUGAAAAGACUUGCAGGACCCGAGCGUCAUAUGGAGAUGAUUCGGGAUUCAUUGAAAAAGGCCAAACGCGAGAAGAAGCGCGCGGCCUCCAAGCAAGCCAUCCCGCGAUCUGCUGAGGCUGCACCCCCCACGACGGAGGUCUUGACGGAGAGCAUGACCUCGCCUCUGAGUGAGUCGUUCAACAACAUCGAUGCCGCGGUCUUCCAAGAGCUGGACAGACAGCGCACAUCCCCCCAUGAGCGAUUCACCAAAUUCCUGACUCCGCUCCCCGAGAACCGGGAGCUGGUUCAUGAGCUACUUGUCAACAAGGAGUUCAAGAUUGAAGAAGCACCUUACACCGAGCCGCGCAGGCAAAUAAUGAAGCAGAUGUGUGACACUAUGCGGACAGGCGUCGAAGCCGGACAUGGCACCAAUUGGACCGUAGCGAUGGCUACAGUGAUUCAAGAUCGUCUGUUACGGUCCCUUCAGCGUGGCAACUCCCUCUACGUGAUAAUCAGUGAAGUUCUGGAUCCAAAACUGGUCCAAGGGCAGUGCGAAGCCGGCACGUUCUCGUACGACAAUUUCUUUGAAUUCAUGAACAACAUCCUGCCUCGUCUAUGCGCUCCUUACCGAGACCCUAUGGUUAAGGCGUACAUCGAAGACACCUCCGGCGACGCCAUUGACCGACUCGCACGACUAAUGAGUAUCAUCGAUCUUCUCUCCCUCGAUCAAACAAACUUCAUGAUCCAGCUCGCCGCACCCCAACUCAUCGAAGAAGCACCGGGAUACGAACAACGCACCUUCGACCGCGGCGUCGCAGACGGAUCAAUCAGCCUUAACAAAACACGCCGCUUCUGGCGCAUCCAUCGCAAGAUCAUCGUAGACGAGAUGAAAAAGCGAGACCCAGAAGGUAUCCAAGGCGAACCGCAUCCUGCCCCAGCCCGAGUCUACGCAACAGGCCUCACAGACACAGUCUUCAGCAACGCCCUCGUAUCCGAAGAUCUCGUUCCAGAAACCCUCAGCCUAGACCGACGCCGACUAGAGCGUCUCCACGCACGAGCCUUCCAAAUCGUCGCAACAGCAUCCAUCCUCCUAACCGCAAAGAACCUCCUCAAGCGAGAUGCCCGCUCGCAAUGGAAACCAGAGGCCGAUCGCAUCCUCUCCUUGGACUUUAAUGAAAUUAGCGCAGAUCGCGUUCAAUCGAUUCUGCAAUCUACGCACCCUAUGCCUCCCUCCGCAAGUGCUCAGCUGGCAGCCACUAUCAAACGUGUUCUUGCGCCCGUUGCGACAGCCUGUCUCGCUGCGUCGCCGCAGCUGGUUAUUACGACUGAGACGUCGGCUUCGGAGAUGCCUUCGCACUCGGAGACAGUGCCUAAUUUUGCGGAUCCGGUUGCGCGGUUGAUCCUUUCUCGUUUGCGAAGUCAUGUUCUCUCGCGUCUUAGUGCGUCGAGUGCUAAUGAGCGCGUGCGUGCUACGACUACUGCUAGUCAGAACUUGGCAGCUGCUGGUAUGCCGGAGUUUGUGAAUGAGGUUGGUAAACUGGUGGAGGAGCUGGAGAAGGUUCGAGAGGUGGAUUGGCUUUGCCAUGGGGCUGUUUAUGAGGGGUUGUAG